AUGGCGUCGGCCCCGACACCUGUGACGGGCGAAACUCCCAUCACGCUCAAGAUUACUCAUCUGGGCGUGACAAGGAAGAUCAAGCUUCCGCUGCGUGACCUCGUCGCUAGCUCUCUUGAGGGCAAGCUCCGCGAGAUGCUCCUCAUCGAUCCUACUGUCAAGUGCCGCUUCGAACGCUAUUCCGACUCCGCCGGCACCUUUGUCGUCCUGGACCGAAAUAACCAGUCGGUGUACAAGCAGCUGUACCGUGCCGCAAAGGCCAAGCAGAAGCUCAAGCUUCGUGUCAUUGUGGCCGAGCCGCCGUUGCCCCCCCAGGUUAUCCCCCGCCCCGUCACGAUCGAGGACGUGCCUGAGGGUGCGGCUGAGCCGCUCAAGACCAAGUCGACGACUACGCCUGUCAUCGUCUCGUCCAGCAUGGCUCGCUCCGAAGAGGAUCGCCAGCAGUGCCCUGCCAUUCCUGGCCGCUUCCCGGGCGCCUGCUCGUUGGCCGAGGAGAAGUCCACUUCGUGGGCCUAUGAUGUCGAUGCUCAUCUGGCCGCCACUCUCAAGAACAUGGCCCGCAGCCACGAGCUUCUCGAGCGAAACAUUGCCCGUCUUGGGGCCUCUGUUGCCGAGAUGGGACUGAAAACUGACACAUUUGCUCCCAAGUCGUCGUCGGAGAGUGUGUCCGAGGAGACCGACGUCGCUCCCGUGCUUGCUGAAGCUUCUCCCAUGGCUAUCGAGGCUAUUGUGGAGGCUGUUGCUGAACAGACCACCGAGGAGAUCGUCGAAGAGACUGCUGAGGAGACUGCCGAGGAAACUGCCGAGGAAACUGCCGAGGAGACUGUCGAGGUUGCUAUCGAGGCCCCGGCUUCUCCUGCACCUCCCCAGCCCAUCCCGGUCGUCAAGUGCACACAGCGUGGCCCUGCGGCCGUAUGGUCUACCUUUGACUGCUCGGCCCAGGAUCAGAAGGUGUUGUCCCCAACCCUGCACAAUGGCUUUUCCGUCUGCUGCAAUUCCUGCGAACGCACUAUCCCCGACACGCAUUACCACUGUUCGACUUGCGAAGGGGGUGAUUUCGAUUUGUGCCCGGAUUGUAUCGAGCUCGGCAUCACCUGCUACAACAACGAGCACUGGAUGAUCAAGCGCUACAAAGCCGAGGACGGUGCCCUCGUCAACAGCACGACCCAGCUGUCUCCGGCAAAGUUCAAGCGAUCUGCCGAGAAGCUGGUGGACACAGCCCCUACCAAGGAGGUGAAGCCGAAGGUGUCCGCCCCGAAGCUGCCGCUGCUCCCCCAAAAGCUUCCCUUUCGCCCGGACACCUCUGCAGUCUCGAGCAAGGCUGCAGCGAACGUUGCUGCUCAGUUGGUGACUCUGUCGGAGCUCUUCGGCGAGAACGUCGGCCCGCAGAUGCGCACCUGCAACAACUGCAUCCAGGAGCUUCCGGAAGCCAUGUUCCUUCACUGCUCCACCUGCUUCGACUUCGACCUGUGCAAGGCGUGCUUUGUCAGGGACGAGCAUGGCCACCAUCCCACCCAUGCCUUCAUUCCGGCUGUUGCGGGUACACUAUUCGACAACAACGUGCGGCGUCGGCUGCCUGCGGGUCGGGGCCAGCGUCACAAUGCCGUCUGCGAUGGUUGUGAAAGCUUCAUCACUGGUGUCCGCCACAAGUGCAUGGGAUGCCCUGACUGGGACUACUGUGCAGAGUGUGUCACGAAGGCCGAACUCACUCACCCUGGCCACCGCUUUAUGCCCAUCUACGAGCCUCUGUCUGAAGCGUACGAGCAGAGUAUCGUCCAAACCGUGCACUCGGGCAUCUACUGUGACGGCCCUCUGUGUUCUGGCGUCAGCCGCCAUGCCCGUGCGAUUGUGGGCGUGCGCUACAAGUGUGCCGUCUGCUCCGACGUGGACUUCUGCGCCAGCUGCGAGGCCAGCCCUGCAAACCACCACAACAAGACGCACCCCCUGAUCAAAUUCAAGACACCAGUUCGCCACGUUUCGGUUUCUACGACGGGCGAGGACGGACGUGGCCAGGAGAUGCUCCCGAUGGGUGAUCGCUGCCCAAUGUUGUCGGCCUUCGACGACCCUCACUGGUCGAUGCCUGCGUCCAACGGCAUCAACCUGAACAAGGUCCAGACCGUUGUGGAUGUCAAGCCUACAGAAGUCGUAUGCGCGGCACCCCCUAUUCCGGAGAAGAUUCCCGAGCCGGCUGCCGAGGUCGUUGCCGUUCAGGAGACACCGGCCGUUGAGCGAGAGGUUGUUGAGCCUUCUGCCGAGAACCUGGAUGCCAUGUUCGAGCGCGAUAUCGUUGCGGACGGCACUGUCAUGCGCCCAAACCAUGUGUUUGAGCAGACAUGGGUGCUGCGGAACACCGGCACCGUGGCCUGGCCGGCCGGCUGCUGCGUCCGCUUUGUGAGCGGCGACUACAUGGGACACGUCGACCCGAACCAUCCUGCUGGCAUCCAGGAGCUAGUUUCUGCCUCCGAGUCGACCAUCUCGUACGAGACUGUGGCUCCGGGCGAGGAGUUCCCGUUCACCGUUCUGCUCCGCACACCUUCUCGUGUAGGCAAGGCCAUCUCGUACUGGCGUCUCACAUCGCGCGGCGGCAUCAAGUUCGGCGACCGCCUCUGGUGUGACGUGGACGUGAAGGCGGCCGAGGAGGCCAAGACGGAAAUCAAGGAGGAGGCAAAGGAGGAGGCAAAGGAGGAGUCCAAGGAGGAGUCCAAGGAGGAGUCCAAGGAGGAGCCAAAGAACGACGAGCUCACCGAGGUCACGGAGACGGCGGCCACGCUCGUGGCUGAGGUACCAGAGAAGACUUCUGACGCUCCGGCCAAGCAGUUGGAAGGCAGCCAGAUGAUCUUCCCCAAGCUCGAGAAAGAGUCGCCCAUCUCCAGCGUCUGCAUUGCGGAAGGACACGCAGAACCGGCAACGGCUCCGCAUGCCAGCGACAGCUUUGACUUUGACUGGGCCGACGAGGAGUCCGAGGAAGGUUUCGUGACGGAUGACGAGUACGACAUUCUCGAUGCAUCGGACGAGGAAUCCGUCGACGAGCCGCUGGAAAAGGCACACAAGAAGUAG